GUGUACUAUGUUUGUGUGUUUGUGUUUUGCUUCAUUUAGUACCGACAUGGCUCCAAACUAAUGGGGGUGUUCCUCCAUUCAUCUACUUCUUCUUAGAAACCGAUUCUGCCAUACUCGUUCUUCUGCUUUUACCACUUGGGAGCAUUCAAGUUUUGCUUGAGUCCUUAUAGCUUAGGCUCUUUGGAACAAUCUUAAUCUUCUUUUUAUAGAAUUUUAUUGGUAAAAUACAAAUUAAAGUUUUGUUUUUCAUAUCUAUUUUUUUUUUAUGACAGGAUAAAAUUUGAGGCAGAACUGUAGUUUCUAGAAACUUGACAGAGCUAAGAGAAUCUUGGUAAUUAUAGGCAGUAGAUUACUUUAUUAACUGUGUAUAAACAAGUCAUCGUUUGGAGGCUAUAGAUGGCGAUGCAAACCGUUUACCUGAAAGAACAUGAAGGACUUGUCUACAAUUCUGUUGGACAGUUGUCAUCUGUAACUUCAGCUCCAUGGUGGAGUGCCUUAGGAUCUCAACCAGUUUAUGGGGAGUAUUGUGGUCAAAUCAAACCCUUUUCGUUCGAGAUUUCCAACUACGUCGACCAAUUCCCAGCCGGUAAGCAAGCGGUACGAGGAGUUGAACAAUUGUUGGAUAAAGGACAUACAACAACCCAGUUUACCAUCUUUCCAGAUGAUUGUAAAAUGUCAGGUGAUGCAGAAAAUCCUCAGGCAACCUUAUCACUGCAGUCAUCACUUGCUGAGCCCCACAAUCGUUUUGAGAUAGGGUUUAAUCAGCCAAUGAUCUGUGCAAAAUAUCCUUACAUGGAUCAAUUUUAUGGACUCUUCUCAGCUUUUGGACCUCAAAUUUCGGGACGGAUAAUGCUUCCAAUUAACUUGACAUCCGAUGACGGACCAACUUACGUAAAUGCGAAGCAGUACCAUGGAAUCAUCAGACGUCGGCUAUCACGUGCAAAAGCCGUACUUGAGAACAAAAUGAUUAAACGUCGCAAGCCAUAUAUGCAUGAAUCACGCCAUCUACAUGCAUUGCGGCGACCAAGAGGAUGUGGUGGUCGCUUCUUGAACACAAAAGGCUCUACUAAUGGAAAUGGUAGAAAUGAAAGCAAAGUGAAUAAAACUGGCGGCCGACAAUUGCAGUCCAGUGCCUCUCAGAGUUCUGAAGUCCUGCAUUCUGAGGUUGGAACUUUAAAUUCCUCAAAGGAGACAAAUCGAAGCAGUCCAAACAUCUCUGGUUCAGAGGUGACUAGCAUGUAUUCAAGGGAAGGUUUUGAUGGUUUUUCUGUCAAUCGUCUUGGAUCUUCCGUUCACUCCCUAGUGGACAUGGUAUUAUCACGCCCACUAAAUGGGUUGCAGCAGUAUCAGGUAACUGCUGCAACCUUAAAGUUUGAUUAGCAACGAGACUAGUGGGCUUGGUGCUGCGAUGUUGCAGCACCACCCUAUCCUUGCAAGGGACCAGGUGAGGAACUUCUGUUGCAGUUUCUUGUGUUCAUUGUGACGAAUUUCGUUCUGGAGGUGUGAUUCUUCAUCUGGUUUUAGGCAAACCAUUCUUGGCUACUGCUUAGGCAACUCAUCCUUGGCUCAUUAUAUUAGUAGUACUGUCUUUUUCUUUCUGCACAGGCUUGUCAUGACAUGGUCAUACAUGCUAAUGGCUUCAUAUCCUGAUGCAGUAGACUAUGAUGUGUCUGUGUUAAAAUAACAAGAAUUCUGGUUUCGUGUGUUUUUUAGUUAUGUCUAGGUGUGGUAUUUUGUUCUGGAUUUCUGACUUUGUGUGGAGCUAUGUAACAUAGAACUCUGUAUUGUGAUCUUUGUUAGAAAAAUAAAACAUCGAUCUGGACUUACCCUCCUAUGAAAUGUCAAAAUUUUAUUAUC